UUAUAGAAGAGAUAAUAGAGUAAAUCGCGAAUGUCGUCGCUGUUUCCGGUAGAAUUUUAAAAAAUAUCUUUUUUAAAUAGUAUUAUGUACAAUUCGAAGCCCUUAAAAUGCAUAUAAUUUGUGAAAGUCACACAUUCCUUUAAAAUGAUAUCAAAGUUACAAUUAUCUUUAGCUAUUAUUAAACCACAUACGGUAAAAAAUCCAGUUGCACUCACAUAUAUUAGAAAUGUUUUAAAAAAUAAGUUUGUUGUUAUAAAAACUAAAAGGCUCUUUCUGGACAAGUCAACUGCUGCAAAUUUUUAUAUUGAACAUAAAGACAAGUUUUUCUUCAACAGGCUCGUUACAUUUAUGUCCAGUGGGUACAUAGACCUACAUGUGCUAGGACAUAAAAACGCUAUACAUUUAUGGAGGAAAAUGCUUGGCCCAACCAAAGUAUACAAAGCCCAAUUUGAAGAUCCAUACUCAUUACGAGGCAUGUUUGGGCUUUCAGACACCAGGAAUGUCGCCCAUGGCUCCGAUUCAUUGACAUCAGCAGAGAGAGAAAUAAAAUUUUUCUUCCCAGAGUUCUCAUUCUAUGAAUGGCACAGUAGUAAUGAAGAGCUAUACAGAAAAGGCCCUAUUAUAUUCAACAAACAUUUGUUUCAGCAUGUUAGAAAGUUAUGAAAAAGCAAGAACCUAUUUCAAUAUCUAUUUUGUUUUAUAAUAUUAUUGUUGUGUAGUAUUUAAUAUACCUUUUAGUUACA